AUGGCGAGAGCAGGCACCUUUGUCGUUCAGACGUUGGAGGAGGAAACCGUGGUGGGCACGGGCUACGCGGGCGUUCGCCCUCGCGACUACGCGGAGGGCGGGCGCACCUCCCUCGAGCGCUUCUUCAAGUCCGUCCCGCUCCUCUCCUUGGCCCGCCCACACCCCACGGUCUUCGUGCUCCGCGUCACCGACACUCUCCCGCACGCCCUCGCCGUCUUGGGCGAGCAUGGGUUCCUCUCGACUCCCGUCUUGAACCAGGCAAACGCAACGGUGGGCAUGGUGAGCGUCAAUGAUUUGGCGUCGGCCCUGGUCGUCAUGGCAGACGUAGUGGCCACGGAGGCCACCGGGCCAGAUGGCGACGCGGCGGUGCAGCAGCGGCUGCGGGAGAUGUGGGCGGCGCACACGGUGGGCCAGGUCUUGGACAUCUCCGGCCGCUCGCCAUUCGUCCCACUUCCCCACACCGCAUCCGUCUGGGAUGCGUUGGAGAGGCUGGGCCGGGACGGGGCGCAUAGCGUGGUGGUGAUGAAGGAGGACGGGUCGGGUCCGGAGGCCCUCUACUCGCAGGCAGCAGUGCUGGCCUACCUGUUCCAUCACCUGCCCCACUUCCGCGUGAUUGCGCGCAAGAUGGUGCAGCAGGUGGGCAACUUCUCGCAGCAGGUGGGCGCACACAAGCCACUGCACGUCGCCGAAGAUGCCCCGCUCCUCGAGGCCUUCCGCCUCUUACGCGAUCAGGCGGUGACGGGGGUGAUGGUGCUGAGCCACGGGCGAAAGCUUAUUGGAGUGAUCAGCGCCACGGACGUGCGUAUGCUGGGCGCUCACAUGGAGCGUGGUGAUCGCCUCUUCUCCUCCGCCGGGGCCUUCGUGCACAAGGUGCAGAAGCAGAAUCCGCUGCUGUUGAGCAAGGUCGUCAGCUGCACCCCCGUGGACACGGUGGGCAUGGUCAUGGAAAAGAUGCUCGACAACGCCGUGCACCGAGUUUUUGUCGUGCGCACGCACCACGGUAUCGCCACCCGCGCUUUGCGAUCUCUCUGCCUCUGCGCUGCGUUUGGUGUGGCGAUUCUCGUCUCUGACCAUCCCUCCCGCAAUAUAGGCAUGGAGGAGGAAGUGCCCCUUGACGUGUUGGCCAUGCGCGACAUCCUCCUCCUGUUUCAGCCCGAGGCCUGA